AUGAAGUGUUUGGCUAUCGUUAAAGCAGAAAACCAGCUUGUACUGAGAAUACUUCAUGAAGAUGACACCUAUUUCGGCACCGAAAAGACUUAUCGCGCUUCUCUCCGACAAUCUUCGGGACUUCACACUCCUCCGAGUCUACCAACAACCAUUUUAAUGGUCAACGCUGUUAAGGUCUUCAAAAAGACUUCACCUAAUGGUAAGGUCACUGCGUAUCUAAGUCGGCGGGACUUCGUGGACCACGUCAGCCACACCUCCCCCGUGGACGGUGUGGUUGUCGUGGACCAUGACUACCUGCGUGGAAGGAGGGUCUUCGCGCGCGUGGCGGUCACCUACCGCUACGGGCGCGAGGAGGAUGAGGUCAUGGGACUUCACUUCACUGGUGCCAACGCCUACCCCAUCAGCGUCAACCUUCCGGAGAACGCCCCCUGUUCCGUCUCCCUCGACGGCGGGAGUGAGGGUUCUACCCAACCUCUUGGUGUGAUCUACGAUCUCAGGCUGUACGUUGCUGACCGCAAGGAGGAACGUCCUCACAAGCGGAACUCCGUCGGCUUUGCUGUCCGAAAGGUCCAGUACGCCUGUCCUGGAUCCAGCAACCGUCAGCCACAGACCCUGGUCAGCAAGGGCUUCACUCUUUCCCCAGGAAGGCUCAACCUCGAGGUCACUCUGCCUCAGGAUGUCUACUUCCAUGGACAGCCCAUCGAGGCAACGCUUUCCGUCAACAACGUGUCCAAGAAGACCGUGAAAAACAUGAAGGCUGAGGUUGUGCAGCACGUGGAGGUCACCAUGACCAACACUCACUUCAGCCGAGUUGUGGCUUCACUCGAGUCUCGCGAAGGAUGUCCCAUCACCCCAGGAUGCAACCUCACCAAGACCUUCUCCCUCAACCCUGUUGCCUACGUCAACAAGCGACGCUUCGGCAUCGCCCUCGACGGUCAAGUCAAGGACCAGGACGCCAACUUGGCAUCGUCUACCUUGGUGGCAGAAGGUAAGAACGUCAACGACGCCUGGGCAUCAUCGUGUCUUACUCUGUCCGCGUCAAGCUCAAACUGCGGCGCCAUUGCCGGCGACCUGACUGCCGACCUUCCCUUCAAGCUGGUGCACCCCGACCCUGCCUCCGUCAAGGCUCCACUGCGCAAGACUCAGUCUGCCGAUAUCGAAGUGGAGGAAUUCACUAACUUGCGCCGUGGUCAGUCCAUUGCUGAGGACUAA